UGAGUGCACAUCCAUUAGAGGAAGUGAGAUGGAGGAAAACUGGGCUGCAGUUGUUUGCGUUGAACAGCAACGGAGUGAUCCCUCUGUUCAAUCGUCACGCAUACACGAUCUUCGCAGAGCCUGAGCCCUCGAGCCCGUCGUAGACUCCAGCCCGGAGCACGCGCCGCUGACGUCACGGCUCCUACGCUGAGAGCCGAGCUGAGUUGUAGCACGAGCUCAGACGGAGGCGCGCGGCGGCUGCAGACGGAACGAUGAAGUCCCGCAAUGAGCGCGAGACUGACGCUUUUUGACGGAAAAAAAGCACACAAACAAAACAACAACAAACAACAACAGGCCGCGCUUUUCUCCCCGUCGCGCUCGUUUCUUCGCGGCAGCGACGUCAGCAGCCGGCGGACAUUUUGGAGAGUGGUGUUUUCUCUGAGGGGAAACAACAACAUGUCGUCCACGGCGGUCGCUGCCUCCAGGCGUCAGUCCUGCUACCUGUGCGAUUUACCGCGCAUGCCGUGGGCGAUGAUCUGGGAUUUUACCGAGCCCGUGUGUCGCGGCUGCGUCAACUACGAGGGUGCAGACCGGAUCGAGUUUGUCAUCGAGACCGCGCGGCAGCUGAAGAGGGCGCACGGUUUCCAGGACGGCCGCUCUCCGGGGCCGGGAAAGCCCCAGCAGCACACCGGGAAGGAUAUGAACCACUCGACCGCAGAUCCGGGCUCCCGCCCCCCGCAGCCUCUGGACCGCUACCCGCUGUCUGAGCGGCCGCCACGGCUGGGACCGGAGUACCAGGCGGGCAGGCAGGCUAACGGCCUCCCCGUGCCCAACGGAUUUCCUAAAUCCGACGAGCCCCCGGAGCUGAACCGCCAAAGCCCAAACCCCCGCAGGACUAGCGCGGUUCCUCCAAACCUGGUGCCUCUGGUGAACGGCGGCAUUCCCACCGUGCACCCGCUGAACGGACGCCCGCUUCAGAUGGGUCUGCCGGGGGCACCGGGCCCCGGGGAUCACAGCAAGCGAGCGGAGGAGCUGAAAGACAAACACAGGCCGGACAGUCUGACGGACAUGACGGACAGCCACAAGGACUGGAUCGGUAAAGGCAAAACGGUGCGCGAUCUGAUGGCGCUGCACACGUUCGACGGAAGGUUCAAGAAGGAGCACGCGGCCAUGCAGAGGGUGAUGGGAUACGAACCGAGUGGAGCCACGUCCUCCAAGACAGACAGGGGGAAGCACCCGCGCAGCAUGAAGAGGAAGGCGUCGCCGGAGCCGGAUGGAGAAGGUAGCGGCGCUAAGAUGAACGGCGGCGAGGGUCCGCCGUGGCUGCCGUCGCCCUCCGAGGUUCUGAAGAUGCAGCCCAACGCUCUGCCAGGUUUCACGUCCGCCCCGCCCUCCACCAUCUCCCCUCACUCCCGCACCACGCCCCCUGAGGCCGCCACGCCGCAGAACAGUCAGUCCCCCAUGGCGGCGCUCAUCCUCGCCACAGACAACGCUGGUGGGACGGGUUCGCCCAAAGACGCAAACCAGGUCCACUCCACCACGACGGGCGCACGGCGGAACAGCGGCAGCCCUCUGUCGCCAUCCUCGGCCUCUCAGAGGAGGCUGGCCCAGAGGGAGGGGCCUGCUGGCGCCAACCCUUCCGCGCCCAGCGGUGGUUUGGACCCGCACCCACCGCAGCAGCAGAGCAUUCCGGACUCUUCGGUGCCCCCUGGCAGCGUGCCGCUGUGCUGCACCCUGUGCCACGAGCGGCUGGAGGACACGCACUUCGUCCAGUGUCCGUCUGUGCCGUCGCACAAGUUCUGCUUCCCGUGCUCGAGGGAGAGCAUCAAGCAGCAGGGCGCUACAGGCGAGGUGUACUGCCCCAGUGGUGAGCGCUGCCCCCUGGUGGGCUCCAACGUGCCGUGGGCGUUCAUGCAGGGCGAGAUCGCGACGAUCCUGGCUGGAGACAUAAAAGUGAAAAAGGAGAGAGACCCUUAAAGACCUUUUUAUUAUCAGAGAACAGCGCCUCCUGCUGGCCCCGCCGCCUGAGAGCCUGUGGGACAUGUAAAUAGUGGACAAAGGGAAGUGGACACUUCAUAAAACAUGGCUGUAUCAUUUUUUUUUCUUCUUCUUUUCCAUACGUUGUGUUUCUAUAUUUUGGAAGAUAAACGUUUGUCCUCGUCCUCAUGUGUCGUCCUCAAUGUCUCCGUCGUCCUCAGUCUCGCUGUGUUUUUACGUCCGGAGACAAAUCCACGUAGAAUGUGACUAAUCUGAGCACUUGGCUAAAACAUUAAUAAACAAGAAAAGAUUCAAAACUAAAAAA